UUUUUAUUGUAUUUUACAGUGUUCAAAGUGUUUCACAAACAUUAUCGUAGCAAACAUUGCAAUUUAAGAAGUGGUAGCCACUCUAAUAUUUAGAUUACAGUUAUCAUGUAAACAGCAGCAUCACAAAGACCAUCUGCAAAGAACAUAUAAUUUCUACAUGGAAGUAAAUACAUUCAAUUCAAUGGAACUCAGUCCAAAGUUAUUGUUUUGUGGUCGAGGGUCUCCUGUUUCACAGGUCACCUGCUUUACCCGCCUUGAUCCACUGACUUGCAGUGAUGCUCAGAAGACAUGAGACAGUCUGUGUUCUGUACAGGACUCUUGAACUAUGGGUGGGGGUGGGGGGACAUUGACACAGAAAAAUGUGGCAUACCUCUUCCAUUAUAGCUCCUGCGUGCACUACUAAUAUAUAUUAUGAGAAAUGCCUUCAUAUGAGUGCCCUUAGUAGAGGUCCUCAAGUACCAACCUGAAGUCAUGCUUUCUCAUUUUAGCUCAAUGGUGUCCCUCUGGGUGGUUCUAAAACAAGAGUAAGCAAGCAACCUCCAUAACUGGGACAUUACUAAAAUGAACUAGAAAAAUAUACACAUUCCCAUAAGUUGAGUUUGACUUGUGGUGACUUCAUGAAUAUGUUCGUGUGUGUGUGUUGGGGAGGGGGCCGCUCAGUAGAACUGGUUUGCGCUGGUUCCUUCUGGGAUGCCUCACUUCCCACUCCAGCCUCUAGCCCUGAGAUUUGCUGGUGAUCUCCCCAUCCAAACAUUAACCAGCUUUGACCCCGUUUAGCUUUUUCGAGGUCAGCCAAGGUCGACCAGUUGCUGCGAUCUGCUGUGGCCCCUCUGCGGGUAGCCUUUGGCAAAUCACCCCUGACUGGCCUCAUAGGGGUACUUACGGUGGGGAUAAAACGCAACGAGAUGAAAUCGUUUUCUGUUCAGACGGUACAGCAGUUAUCAGAGAUAUCCUUGCGGUUCGUCAGCUGAAGCUGUUCGUAAUAAUAACAGGGUAACUGUACGCGUUGGAUACCUGCUACCCCGGCAGCGCUGAGCCCCUACUCCUUGGCCGGCUGCUGGCUGCGACCCGGAGAACUGGGACCUUUCCCGAGGAGCCCUCCCCUUUGUGGGCAGGGCCAAGGAGAACUCUCCGCCGGGCACGGAGCGGGCGAGCCAGUGUUGAGAGCCCGUGCGUGUUGGUGAGACUCUCCAGCUGCGCCUGCCUUUGCCUGCCGGGGCGCGCAGCUUUCUCGCUUGCCCCCUCGCUUGCUUGCCCCAGUAGCCUUCCCGCCGUCUUCCUCGACGAGGCGAUGUCGUCUUCCUCCCCCAAGGCGGAGAAGAGAGCGUGGAGCUUGGGGCGCCUGUCCCUUUCAUCCAGGAAAGGCAGCCUGAAGCCCUCCGCCCUUGAGCUCGCCGAGAACGCCCCCAACGCCCACUACGCGCCGUUUUCCGUCUCCGCGCCCACAGGACCCCAGGGGACGAAAGAGCCGCCGAGCAGCGGCGAAGCGGCCACGGUAGUGAUGAGCGCCGAUUUCCCGCGCCCGCCGAUCAGCUUAGACCCGCGCGUCUCCAUCUACAGCGUCCGCAGACCUCUGCUCAGCCGCAGCAACAUCCAAGGCCGGGUCUACAACUUCUUGGAGAGACCCACCGGCUGGAAGUGCUUCGUCUACCACUUCACUGUUUUCCUCAUAGUGCUGAUCUGCCUUAUAUUCAGUGUGCUUUCCACGAUUGAUCAAUAUGCAGCUCUGGCCACAGGGACAUUAUUUUGGAUGGAAAUUGUAUUAGUGGUAUUUUUUGGAACUGAGUAUGUGGUUCGAUUGUGGUCUUCAGGAUGCCGCAGUAAAUAUGUUGGUUUCUGGGGAAGGCUUCGUUUUGCUAGAAAGCCCAUUUCUAUCAUUGAUCUUAUUGUAGUUGUUGCCUCCAUGAUAGUACUUUGUGUUGGUUCAAAAGGUCAAGUUUUUGCAACUUCUGCUAUCAGAGGCAUCCGGUUUCUGCAGAUUCUGCGCAUGCUUCAUGUAGAUCGGCAGGGCGGCACAUGGAGACUGUUGGGAUCAGUAGUGUUUAUACAUAGACAGGAAUUGAUAACUACCCUGUACAUUGGGUUUCUGGGCUUGAUUUUUUCUUCAUAUUUUGUGUAUUUGGCUGAAAAAGAUGCUGUGAAUGACUCGGGAGAGCAUGAAUUUAGCAGCUACGCUGAUGCACUUUGGUGGGGAGUAGUGACUGUUACAACCAUUGGUUAUGGAGACAAGGUGCCUCAAACAUGGAUAGGAAAAACCAUCGCGUCUUGCUUUUCUGUAUUUGCAAUAUCAUUUUUUGCCUUGCCUGCAGGAAUCCUUGGUUCUGGAUUUGCUCUGAAGGUACAACAGAAACAAAGGCAAAAACACUUCAACCGACAAAUUCCAGCAGCUGCUUCUCUUAUUCAGACGGCCUGGAGGUGCUAUGCAUCAGAAAACCCAGAUUCUUCCACAUGGAAAAUAUACAUUAAAAAACCUUCCAGAAGUUAUCACUUGAUGUCUCCUAGUCCCAAGCCAAAGAAAACAGGGAUGGUGUCGGUGAAGAAGAAGAAAACUAAAGCAGAAAAGGAUAAUGGAUCAGUUUCUCCUGAUAAGACUUUACCUGUUCCACAAAUCACAUUUGACCAUGUGUUAGAGGAUAGAAAACCUGAUAUCUUUCAUUUGGAUCCCUAUGAAAAUUCUGGAGAAACAGGCAUGUUAAAAUUACUUGACCGACAGCAUUCCUGGCCAUCCUUUUCUACAGAGCAAUCAUCUCCCGGUUCUCCCCCAACUCCAGUUAAAAGGAACUCGCCAUUUUUAGAGGCACAUACAGGAACAUUCAUUAGAACAAACAGCUUUGCUGAUGAACUUGACCUGGAGGGUGAGACGUUGCUGACUCCAAUAACUCACAUCUCACAUCUGAAAGAACAUCACCGCUCUGCCAUUAAAGUGAUACGUCGAAUGCAGUAUUUUGUGGCAAAGAAGAAAUUUCAGCAAGCUAGAAAGCCUUAUGAUGUACGUGAUGUUAUAGAACAAUAUUCUCAGGGUCAUCUCAACUUAAUGGUCCGAAUAAAAGAGCUUCAAAGAAGAUUGGACCAAUCUAUAGGGAAGCCAUCACUAUUUAUUUCUGUCUCAGAAAAAAAUAAAGACCGGGGGACUAAUACAGUUGGUGCCCGGCUGAACAGAGUCGAAGACAAGGUAGUCCAAAUAGACCAGAAGCUGAACCUCAUCACAGACUUGCUGCACCGCCUGCUUUCCAGCCAGCAAGGAAGCCAAGGCAGCACCAAAGCAUCUCCUAGCAGUGAUGUCAGUGCUAACCUACUCUCCCCCAGCACUCUCCCAACCUAUGAACAACUGACGGUUCCACGGGCGCUGCAAGACGAGGGCUCCUGAUGCGGCAGAAAUCUGUUUCCUUUCAUUAAAUUGACACUCAAUCUUUGAAUCUUGAUGGGGGCUGGGGACAAAUUUAAACUCAUAAUCAGCCAUACAAGCAUGAAACACUACUAUUAAGCUAAUUUUACUGUCCUCAUAUAUGUUCUUCCAAAGAGAAUAAUUCAGACAACUACCAAACCUUAAAACCUACACUGUAUUGUUAUUCUUUAUUCAUGUGAUACAUUCAUAUGCUCUAAUUUCUUUCCUUUAGGUAAAUAAUUCUGCUACAAUCUAUCACAAUAUUGAAAGAUGAAAAGAGUAAUUGACCCUAAUAUUAGCAAAAAGACAAUCGGUGAACGUGCCCAGGUUCUUGUGCUGCUGCUGCAGACCUCAUUCUGAGAUCUUGCAUGGUCAAACAUGAUUGAAAUGGUUUGAAAAGGCCACAACUUUGCUUGGCUGAGUGCAUCUAAUGGCCCUUCAGUAAGAAUGAUACUUGAACUUAGUUGUGUGUGGAUUCUGUUUAUGACUCUGCUGAUAGUGAUAUAGUUUUACUCGUUAGGUCCUAAAAGACAAUGUAUAUAAAUUGUCAUUCUAUAGAAUGGCAAGAGCAUACACUGAAUAAUUCUUCUUCCACCCUCCAUUGUCAUUGUUUAUUCUACACAAUAUUGCAAGAUCUACCACAUUUAAAACAAGAAUUUGUUUUUCUUCGGGGAAGAAUUAGUGCUUUAACCUAAAACUGUAUUGUUUGUAAAGAAAGAGAAUAUAGAUUUCUUUUGUAUAAUAUUGUAAUGCAAUUGGGACAUUGAAAUAUUGAAUAGGAACUUUAAAAAAAAAGCAAUUAUAUUGCUGCCAAAUAAUUUAUAUUCUGUAGUAUUUAUUACUAUCCUGGGUGUAUUUGUCAGAAAGAGCUUUCAGAAUUCAUAGCCUUGUGUAUUGAAGUAGGUUUAGUUUAUUUCUCAGUGUACUGUAAUAAGCACAGGCCUAGAAUAGGUGGAUCUUGUUGAUCAGGAGCUCGAAAGUGAUGCUUUGGGGAAAUAGGGCAUGUUUGAAUAUUAUGCAAAUGUACUGCCAAGUCAGAUGCACAUUCAUUUCUUCCUUUGGCUGGCACACUAUUACAUAAUGUCCAACAGUAAUUUGUAGAUCUUGUUCAUGCUAAGAUACACAAGCUCUUCAGUUUGUUUGGUUAUUGCAAAGAAGUUCUACUCAUUGAAUGUGGAAAUGGCUCUGCGCUCAUCUGUUUGAGGUCCUCUGUUAUGUCCAAGCUGUUAAAUGAAUGGGAAGCAGGCCUAUCUUACGUUUCUGCCCAUCCUGCUCUGUUAAUACAACAAUUGGCUCUUUUGUGGAAAAAUUUCCCAUGUGCAGGAUAACAACAAGAGCUAUUUGUGUUCCUUAUGCAGAGUAUAUCCUGGAAUUUAGCUCUGUGAAAAUCUCAUUUAAUAUUUAUUUUCUUUUUAAAUCAGGUUUCUAGCUUCCUUGGGAAAUGAAAUUCAAAUUGUAUGGCCAGAUAGCAUCAGGAUCAUGGAUGGGAUGUUCAUAUUGCCUCUCUUCAUCUCAAGUGUAAAUUGGCUCUCAUAUUCAGCUAGGAAUCACCAAGCACUAACUAGUCCAUCUAUGACUACAGGAUUCAAAAAUCAAAGGAAACUGGAGAAAGAGGGGGUUUCUAAUGCAUGGGGGGGGCAAUCAAAACUCUAUGAACUGACACUGAAUUCUACAAAUAUCUACUGUAUACCUAAGUUUUGGUUUGGAGUUUCUAUAAGGAAAAUGUUUGUCUAUCACAUAAAUGUAGUCUUAAAUAUAUGGCUCCAUGUUUUGGUCCACAGGGAUUUGAUCCAACCAAACGAGCUGCAGCUAAAACCAGAUAUUGUCCUAGAAGUCCAGAAAGAAAGUGAAACAUCCCCCUAGUACUCAUGUCACAUAGUCUCUCUUGCCUUUAAGAAUAGCAUAUUGGAAUUAUGACGGUUGGGAGGGGCCUUCUGCCCUCCGCCAAAGCUGCCUAUCUUGCAUGCGAGACAUUAUUUCUGCAGAAGCAAGCUGUGUAUAACUGGCUAGAAACUAUAAUUUUCAGAAGCUACAAGUGUGAAAAAAUAGGGAUGGCUACCAUAUCUGGGCUGCAAAAAUAUGAGUGGCCACUAAUCAGCAGCAAAAGACAAACACAGUUCUAACUUUAUAGCCGCUAGUUUUCUAUCUGGAAGUUUGCAGCCCAGAUAUCGUCACUGUAGAUGUAUGCCCUGUUCCAUUGGCAAUUCUUCAUCUACCAGCCUUCCCUUGAUGACAGAUGAGCCACUUCCUGGUUCAGAAAUCCACUUUUUACAUGGUACUUCAGUGUAUUACUGAAGAACAAGCACCUAAAGUGAGCUGCAGGUAGUCUCUAAAGGCUAUGGCACAUCUGUUUGGUAGCAUUACCAUCUAUUCAUGAAAAUUACUGUAGAUCUGUAAAGAGCUGUAUGGAGAAAAAGUCAAAGGAAAUUCCAUAUCCAAGGACAGCAUGCCAACCUGAAUAGCAUUAAGUAGAUCCCUUGCACAAAUUAUAGCAAUAAAGCUGCAGAUUUCUAAAUGCUUUCCAAAAUGGAGUCCCUUAAAAGCCAGGUAUUUGUGAGUUUUAUCUGGAGAUAUUAGCAUUCUUUUGAUUCACAGUGAUGCCACUGAAAAUACAUUUGCCUCCUCUUUUUGCUACCUGUGCCUAUAAUACUUCCAUUGUUUUCUAAAGACAGGUCAAUAUAGGACAAUUUAAUGAUGAUAUAUUACUUUAAUACUAACUGGAAAUUUAUAGUUUGAGUGUAUAAGAUUUAGAAGAAACUCUUUUGCAUAGGAUAACGUUUUGAACUUUUCCCUUAUAUGGAAAUGAAUACUGAAGGAUGUGAGUAAAGGCGGAACUCAAACCAAAUCUCUUUUGCAGUAAGUCCUGUCCUAAAAAUCAGAAAACGAGAUACUUAGAAUCUUAGAUAAUUUAAGGCAUUUUAGAAUCUAUGAUAUCAUAGCAGUUAUAUUUGUUUCAGAUGGGGGGGGGGAAUAGGGGAAGAAUUGUGAACUAAUUUCUUAUUUAGUUUUUUUGUUCCAUAUAACUUAACACAACUAAACUCUAGCAAUUCAAAAAGAGGACACCAUAACUGAAUAGUAUCAUUGCACUUACCAAAAGCCCAAACUGUAACUUGACGAUCUGAUCCUGCUGCAUUUCAAUGUAAAUUCACAGAAACAGAGCCAGGUCACCGUUGCAAACAUUCAUUACCUAAACUAGAAAAUCUAAUUGCAAACCUCUGGUUUUAUGAAUUAGCAUGGAACACAAUCAGGAACAGAGGAUGAUUUUUUUGUUAUUUACAUGUCUCACUGAAAUGAAAAAGUUGUGUGAGUAUAUGAUGAUUCUGCAAUAGUCUGUCUAACCCUGCUGCUUGUUUCCAACUGUGGCCAUGCAGAGGCUGCUGAGAAUCCCACAAGGAGGCUUAUUUUUUGUCAUCCUCCCAAAUUAUAACUUUCAACCAUCUAGAGACUGUAUUUAUUUGUUCUUAUUUGUCUAAUUACCUUUUUAAAACAUACAAAAUAAGAGCCAUCAUCACUGCUUGUGGCAAAAAGUGUAUUUAUCCAGAAAGAUCUGAAUUCAUAAUUGUGGAAUCCAUGGCCAACAAAGAAUUUGACCUACUAAAAAAAACUAGCAGCCCCAACUGUGCUCUUGAGCAAAUCCAGCCCAUUUCAGUGGGACUUGCACAGCAGUACUUCCAGAUGGGUUGCAUCCUAUGACCCAAGUCUAUCAUACUCUGGUACCCCAAACAGUACCCCAAAUCCACUGCCUCAGGCAAUCCCAUCACUUUGCUUCAUCUGUGAACCAAAACAUACGCUUCAUAGUUGCAGCUUUCUGUUCCUGAUUGUACACAUUUCAUUUUCUGUUUCCAGAUAACAAAGCACCUUCUAAUCCUCCUUAAAUGGAAUUGGAAAUAUAUUUAGAAUUAUCUAUUCUUCCAGUGUACAGUACGUACAUUUUUAAGGGUGUACAAACUUUUUAAAAAUGUAAGUGGGAAUUACUUCGGGGCAUUAUAUUUUAUAAGAAAUCAAAGGAGAACUGUUAAGAUUUUCAAUCUAUUUUUUUAAAAAGAAUGUUCACUGUUGUAAUUUUAAGCUGUUAAUUUCCUAAUAAAAUACAGGACAGGAAUUGUAUUUUCAUUUAGUCUCAAUUUCAUACAAGGUAAAUGAGUUUUAAAAAUGGGAUAAGUUUCACUUGGUGUGCCAAGAUCUGAUCUACAUAAUGCAAUUGCAAUAUAAAUAACAGAACAAAGAUUUAUUCUAUAUGUAUUUGAAGUGCUGCAAUAAAUCAGCAACACGAUAUG